CGUCACGCACUGAAAGUAAACAAUUUUGCGAGACAGGAAAACUAUCGUAUAGUGGCUCGAAAAACAACGCCCGAAUCGUGGAGAAAGAUUUUAUUGUUAGUCAUAUCAAUGAAACACAAUGCACAUUGUUAAUGUAAGUUAAGGUCUUGUGACUAAUACAUUAAGCAGACUAUCCAUAUGGCACUGUCAGUGUAGCUAGCUAGCCAAGUAACAUUUAGUAGCUAGUUAGCUACUAGCUAAUAGACUUGAAAGCCAAUAGCAAGUUAGCCGAAGAGUUUGUUGGCUAGCAUGCGAUAGAAGUACCAAAGAUUUUCAAUGUAAGUUAUUGACAAUUGUCUGUUUGAGAUUCUGUCAUUCAAUCAGCUUGGGAGAUAAGCCCAGUUACUCUAUUCUUCCUUAAAGCUCGUAAGAUGUGGGGAGUUACUGUAUUAGCUAACAUUAUCAAGCUAACUUAACAGCACAUCACCAGUGUCUACGCACUGUGUAACAGUAACAGAAACCUACAUUUCGCAUGCAUUUUCAAAAUUGAUGCAAAGUUCUGCGUUACAGUUUAUUUAGUGAACUAGCUAGCAGGCUUAUUAGAAAUGUAGGAUAAUAUUAGUUUAGACGGCCACCAUCAGCUAACCCCACAACUCAUGUAAAUGCUAAAACGUUAGCUAGCUAACUGUUCCCUGGUCCCCGUUACACUUGCUGCCGUUGGUUGAUUGGUAGAAAACAAACAUUAUUUAUCAGAUACACAUAAGCAAGACUUAGUAAUUUGGUGACAUGAUAUCAUAUAGUUAGAAUAAAGAGCUGGAGCUAGUUUGAGGGUUUUGUCGGACUCAACAGACCUAAAGUGACUUUGAUAUCUAGCUAGCUACCUAGCUACCAUACCUGUGUUGACAUUACUUUCAUUGUCAUGAAACGGAGUAUUUAAGUUAGCACAUUGCAUCAGUAACUACCUAGGGAUUUAAAUUUGCGUCAGCUAGAAUACAAAAGUAAUAGCUGGAAUGAAAAUAUUGCUCCUGACCACUCUUUGCUACGUAGCUAGCUAGGAUAGGUAAUUUGUUGUCAUCUGGCUGAAAGAUAUCGUUCCCUUUGACAGAUUAACGUUACAGCGUAUAGAAGCAAUCUCUGGGAACCAAGUCAUAAUAUAAAUAUAACAUCUGCAUGUCUUUAUUCGUUUAAGUUUAGACCUUACCGUUAAACUAAUUUCACAUCAUAAAGUUAGAAAAUGCUGCCUAUUUGCCUUUGAGUUUGAUCCCAUAAAUUAACGUUGUGUACUUAGUAUUGAACUCAACAUGCGGAACCAACGUAUCAGCUAGUCCCUCCAGUUGCGAAAAAGAAUAAUUUUCUUUCGAUUUUUUUUUUUUUACAUCGCUUACUUGCCCUUUAACGACGGAGGACAGGAUGGAAGCUGAGAGCCUUGUUAGCGCAGAUUUAAACUCAGAGGAGACAAGGAAUCAUCUCCUUAAACAGGUCCAAGCCGACGGAAAGGAUUCUGCAUCAAUUAAAACCUGCAACAACAGUAACAAGUCUACAGAUAGAAGUGACCAGAACCUGAGUGUCAUGUGUGACUCUCAGUUAGGGUCUUCCAACAUGAACUGUGAACAAAUCAGUGGGUCAGCUGAGUCGGAGUCCGGUCUUGUUGACUAUCCUGUCAAUCGAGUGAAUUCUCCAAACGGACAGAAGCCUUCCAAGCCUGACUGUAGAGCUGCCGAAAUUUCCACUGGGAAGACCCUCAGUCUAAGUUUAAAUGAAGCAUCUUGCAUUACCCAGGAUGUGGAAAUGUUGAGCCCACAGAGUCCUACAUGCAAAAUCUCCACGUGCAAGGAGUCUAUGGAGGGGACUGGUGCUUUAGUAACACCCUGUAGUACCUGUCUAACACCAGGGGAAAACACCUCAGACAAGCCAGACACGCCAGACACAAGGGCCAAAGAGCAAGUAGGUGAGCGCUGUGAUGCUGCUGCUGUGGAAAGCUCUGCUCACAAGACUGACUGCAUUGCCUCAUCAGUGUUGAACCCUGUAACUUAUCAACAGGAGAACAGCUGGACAAAGUUGCCAAAAAGUGAGCUGACAGAAGAUAGAAGAGACAAACUGUGGAUGGGAACACCUGUUGAUGAGCUUAGGAGGAUGCCAUUGUGUGGUCAUCCCUUGCCCCACUUGAAGGUUGCACCGAAUCAUUAUGUAAUGAUCAGGACAGACCUGCUUAGGGAAGGUGAAGUCCCUAUGCCUUACCCAGGCAAGUUCAGAGACACUUGGGAUGACAUGGCUGUGAAGAUGCCCUGUUCUGAGAAGAACCUCUUCCCAGUUGAGACCAAUCAAGAUGGAAACACUGUCCAAAGUAGAUGGGACUUGAUCUGUGCAGCUUUGGAAAGUGAAUGCAAAAGCUCACUGGACAUUAGGGAUGCAAUUCUGAGAUACAGCACCACCCAUGCCAAGCGAUGGGACUUCACAGCCCUCAAUGUUCUUUGCACUGAUGCUCUGGAGCUCAAUGAGGUCCAACAGCUGUUUGAGGUUCUGCUCCCCAGCAUGGUCCAGCUCGCGCUCAGUGCCCCUCACCUCUGCACACAGCCGAUCCCGCUGCUGAAGCAGAGGAUGAAUCACUCCGUCACGCUGUCCCAGGAGCAGCUCGCCUGCCUGCUGGCCAAUGCCUUCUUCUGCACCUAUCCUCGACGCAACUCCAGAAAGGCAGAGUACGCCAACUACCCAGACAUCAAUUUCUACAGGUUGUUUGAGGGCGCCUCUCCACGAAAGAUUGAGAAACUGAAAACCUUGCUGUGUUAUUUCCGGAGAGUCACCGAAUCCAGACCUACAGGCCUUGUGACGUUCACCAGACAAAGCCUUACCAAUUUUCCUAAAUGGGAAAGCUCCCGCACUCUACUCACGCGAUUGCACAUUACCUGUGAGGGGACUAUUGAAGAUCAAGGGUAUGGUAUGCUUCAGGUGGACUUUGCCAACCGACUGGUUGGGGGAGGGGUGACUGGGCGGGGCCUGGUGCAGGAGGAGAUCCGCUUCCUCAUCAACCCUGAGCUGAUUGCAUCACGCCUCUUCACUGAAGCCCUGGAACACAACGAGUGCCUUAUCAUCACAGGUACAGAACAGUACAGUAAGUACUCUGGCUAUGCUGAGAGCUACAAAUGGAAAGAGAGUCACAAAGAUGAGACACCAAGAGAUGACUGGCAGAGGAGAUGCACCGAGAUAGUGGCUCUGGACGCAUUGAAGUACAGACACUUUCUAGAGCAGUUCCCCCCUGACAAGAUGACCAGAGAGCUCAACAAGGCAUAUUGUGGAUUUUUCCGCCCAGGAGUGAACAGCCAGUACCUCUCUGCUGUUGCCACAGGAAACUGGGGAUGUGGAGCAUUCGGAGGAGAUACACGACUCAAAGCUCUGCUGCAGAUUAUGGCAGCUGCUGAGAGUGGACGGGACAUGGCCUACUUCACGUUUGGGGAUGCUGACCUAAUGAGGGAUGUGAGCGACCUGCAUACAUUCCUCACGGACAGAGCCGUGACUGUUGGUAAACUGUUUGGAGAACUGAAGCAGUAUUUUAACGUGGUGUGUAAGAACUGCUCUGGGCCGCUGCCAGAUGUGAGUUUGUAUGGAUUUCUGUAUGAGAGGCUCAGCUCGGAUCCUGAACCCGCUGAACCCAGUGAGAUCACAGCUACGACACCUGGCCCACCCACAGACUGACUUCAACACAGGGAUCUACAAACACUUUUUGGCAAAAUGCCGGAACACUUUCUAAGUUCUUUCAAUGUCAUUCUGAGAUGUAGUCUACAGAAGCACAGUAUGCCUUGUCUUCUUUUGUACUUGCAGAUAUAGCACUCCGAACGAGGCUCCAAGUGUCCUACAGCAUUGACAGACAUAGCAAUAGUAAAUCUUGGUUGCUGUAAUGUCAUUCUUUUUGUCUAGGCACAUUCUGAGAUGUUCUUGUUUGUUUCAGAUAGCACUGUGUAAUCUAUGGUGGUGGCCAAAUGUAUUGCAUGAUCUUGUGAAAAUGGCCAGUUGAAUGAGACAGUAGGGCACUGCUGUGUGUUGAUGUUUAGGUUCCUUACACUCAUGGAAAUAAUUCAAUCUUGCAAUAGGUACGUGGAGACAGUAUGUUGUCUACAGAGAUGUUCUAUGUUAUUCAGUAAUAUGCAUGAAAGCUACACCCCAGAUACAGACUACAAUGGAUCAUGGUUCCGUGGGUUUCAGAUCCCCCAGCAUAAAUCAAGCUUACACCUUUUUCCACAUAUAGUAAGAUGUGGUAUUACAGCAUUUAACACGGUCACCAUAAUCACUGUCCCUCCACUACAGGUUUGCCAUAGAAAUGAUUCUGUUGAGGCAAUGCUGCUCAGAUAGCGUUUCAUAUAGUUCUUGCAUGAAGUUUUAACAAGCUAUCAUAAUGUUUUUUGUUUUCUGUACUUAGUUUGUGUUUCUAUUUUUGUUUUUAUGAAAUGGACAUAGAAUAUUCAUCAUUUGGGAUUGAUAAUAGGGUAGUAAAUAUUUUCUGUGUUAUUCAUUGUACAAUUAUUUGUUAAUUAAAAUAUUACUAUUAAACAACUGAAGCUGCUCAACCUCCGAGUAUGAAGCUGUCAGUAUCAAUGUUA